CUCGGAUCACUGUGGUCUUUUUGUUCACACUGAUCCAUUGGUUGCCUCUUUGCCGAAGCCUUCUAAAUUCUUUUCAUUCUGGAGGCAGCAUCCUCUGUAUCAGAGUUUGUUGGAGGGUGUUUGGCAAAUUUAAGUUGAGGGAGUUCCAUAUUUUCAAUUGUAUCAGCGGUUGAAAGCACUGAAGUUAAAGCUGAAGGGCUUAAAUAGAUCUUAGUAUUCUGAGAUUUCUUCACGGGUAAGGGAGGCUGAAGCUAAACUUGAGGCAUUGCAGCAAGAUGUGUUAGAUUAUCCUUCUGUUCAACACUCUAAUGCAGUUUUGGUUGUAGAGACUUGCAGAAGGCUGAAGAGCAAUUUUACAGACAGAAAUCAAGAAUUAGAAGAAUUAUUGAAGGGGACUCUAACACUAGAUUUUUUCACAGUAUGGUUAAAGUUAGAAAUCAUCGACAGACUAUCAAAAAGUUGAUUACUGAUGAGGGAUUAGUUCUCACUGAGGUAAAGGCUAUGGGUCAGCUGGCUGUUGAGUUUUAUAAGGGCUUGCUAGGUAGAGCAGAUCCUCUGGUGCAGGACACUCCGCUAUCUUUUUUGGAGGAUAUGCUCUCUCACAAGCUUGGAGAGGAUGAUGUUCAUCUUUUGAACUCUACUGUUACAAGAGAAGAAAUUAAGGCAGUUUUCAUGGCUAUGGGUAAUGAUAAGGCUCCAGGACCAGGUGGAUACCCAGCUGAGUUUUUCAAACUGGACUGGAAUAUUGUGGGAAAAGCUGUUGAAGACACUGUGUUGGAUUUCUUCAGAACUGGUAUCAUGCCUCGACAGGUAAACUCAACUAUUAUAGCUCUCAUUCCUGAGCUAGAAGUGGUUGAUAGAAUGCAGAAUUUUAGGCCAAUAUCGUGUUGCAAUGUUGUUUAUAAAGGAAUCUCGAAACUGUUGGCAAAUAGCCUCUCCCUAGUGUUAACAAAACUUAUAGGGGCUAGUCAAUCUGCAUUUGUUAGAGGGAGACUUAUUAGUGACAACAUACUUAUGGCAACAGAAUUGGUUAAAGAUUAUCACAAGGCCAGUGUCUCCUCUAGAUGUGUUUUGAAGAUUGAUUUGAUGAAAGCAUUUGAUUCUGUGGAUUGGAAAUUCCUUCUGAAGGUUAUGAUUGCUAUGAAUAUUCCACUAAGUUUCAUCAAACUGAUUGAAGCUUGUGUCACAUCUCCUUUGUUGAGUGUGGCUUUCAAUGGAGGACUUUGUGGUUAUUUUCCAGCAGGCAAAGGGUUGAGGCAAGGGGAUCCUCUCUCCCCUUACUUGUUAACUAUUGCCAUGGAGGUCUUUUCUUGUAUGUUAGCUAGGGAUGUGUCUCAUGAUUUCAUUCUUUAUCAUCCACGAUGUAAAGGUCUGGAAAUCACUCAUCUUUGCUUUGCGGACAAUCUCCUGGUCUUUUCAAAUGGUUCAAUCAGAGCAGUUGCUGGGAUUAAAAGGUUACUUGACAGGUUUAUCAAGUUUCAGGGCUGAAAUGCAAUCUGGCCAAGUGUCAAUUGUUAUGUGCUGCCAUUUCCAAGGAACAGCAGAAGUGGAUAUCGGAUUAUAUAGGGUUCCCUUUGGGAGAACUGUCAGUAAGAUACGUAAGAGUGCCUCUUUUAUCUGGGAGACUGUCGGCUCAGGACUGCAGCAUCUUGAUGAGUAAAAUAACUAAGAGGAUCACAUCUUGGCAAGCCAAAACACUCAGCUAUGCUGGGAGAAUACAAUUGAUAUCUUCUGUUAUCACUAGUGUUUUUCAAUAUUGGAUGUCUGUUUUUCUGCUGUCAUUGAGGGUCUUAAAGUCGAUUAAAGAAGUAUGUAAUAAGUUUCUGUGGGGUGUUGGUUUGGAAUGGGAGGAAAAAGGCACCGGUAUCAUGAUGAAGAGUUGCUUUACUGAAAAUAGAAGGAGGGUUGGGGAUAAGAGACUUCAAGACAUGGAAUAAAGCUUGUGUUCUUCGGCAUCCGUGGAACUUGCUUGCUGAAGCAGGGUCAUUGUGGGUUGCCUGGAUUCAGAAAUAUAGAGUUAAAGGGCGAGACAGUUGGACAAUCCCUGCGAGCUCUGUUAGUUCGUGGGUGUGGAAGAAAAUACUCAAGUGUAGAGAGGUUGCUCAGUCCCACAUCACUGGGGCAGGUAAAACUCUUGCUUGGGAUGUAAAUUUAUUAAACAAAUAUUCUCUUAAGCUGAUUUGGUCUUCCAUUCGUGUCCCAUUCCCCUCUGUUGAGUGGUAUUCUAUAUUGUGGGGUAAGCCUUUUAUCCUAAAGCAUAGCCUUUUGGUAUGGUUGAUAAUAUUGGAUAGAAUUACAACGAAAGACAAGCUUCAAGGAUGGGGUUUAGCAGGUGAUAGUUGUUGUGUCCUUUGUCCUGGUGGAUUUGAAAGUCGAGAUCAUCUAUUCACUAUGUGUUCUUACAACACUGAGAUUUUCCAGACUGUGCUAAGGAAGGUCUGCAUGUGGCAUUCCUUCCAAGACUGGUGUUCCCAGUUGGCUUGGGUGACGCAAAGAUGGUCAGGUACAAGCUCGAAAGAUAAGAUUGGUUGAAUGCUGUGGACGAUGAGUUGUGCAUAUAUUUGGCGCGAGCGAUGUACUCACAUUUAUGGUGCAAGAAGAGUUUCGGAUCCCAUUCAAAUCUCAGCUAAAGUAGUGCAGGAGCUCCAACUAUGCUCAAGUAGUACAAUUGCCUUACAGAAGAUGGUUAUGGAAGUGUUGGGUUUAUAGAGCUUUUUGUUUUGUUGUUGGACUUGCUUCCUUGUUGGUAUAGGUUUUUCUUUUGAGUGUAAAGAGGUGACACAUUGAGAGGGAGGAUGCGAGCUGCACCUCCCUAGGCUUCAAUACAAUUUUGAUUAACCA